AUGGCCGAGGAGGGCGCCGCCUGGCUGAGCCACCUUCGCGCCCGGCCCGCUCUCGGCCUCCUCGCCCUGCUGGUGGUAGUUUCCUUAGCCUCCUACCUGGGCGGUUCGCACCUCGCCGGGCAGCACCUGCUCCAGGCGCAGGCGCAGGACGUAGCUGAGCUGCAGCUGAACCACACAGGAUUGCGGCAGGACCCCAGGCUCUCCUGGCAGGGCGGCCCGGCCCUGGGGCGCUCGUUCCUGCAUGGAGCACAGCUGGACAAGGGGCAGCUGCGUGUCCAGCGCGAUGGCAUCUACAGGCUGCACAUCCAGGUGACACUAACCAACUGCUCCUCCUCAGCGAAGGACACUGUGCCCCGCAGGGCCAUCCUGACUGUGGGCAUCUGCUCCCCGGCCACCCACAGCAUUAGCCUGCUGCGUCUCAACUUCGGCCUCAGUUGCACUGUCUCCUCCCAGCGCCUGACACCGUUGGCCCGCGGGGACACUCUCUGCACCAACCUCACUUUGCCGCUGCUGCCUUCUCAAAAUUCUGAUGAGACAUUUUUUGGGGUUCAGUGGAUUCACCCCUGA